UCCACUUCACAGUGGAAGUGUCACUCACAAGUUAGAAGCCGAAUCUGAGAGUGAAACAGAGCAAGAGAAGAAGAAGAAGAAGAAGAAGAUGGAUCAGUUCAAAGGCCAACCUCGUCUUCCCAAAUUCGCCAUUCCAAAACGCUACGACAUAAGACUCAAACCGGACCUCACUUCCUGUCGUUUUGCUGGUUCUGUUGCCGUCGACCUUGACAUCGUCGCCGCCACCUCUUUCAUCGUUCUCAAUGCCGCCGAGCUCACCGUCGCUGACGGUUCAGUUUCGUUCAUGCACCGUGACUCUUCGAAGGUGAUCAAGCCUUCGAGAGUUGAGUUGUUCGAAAAUGAUGAGAUUUUGGUGCUGGAGUUUGCAGAGGCGGUUCCGAUUGGGUUGGGUGUGUUGGCCAUUCAAUUUGAAGGAACCUUGAAUGAUAGAAUGAAAGGGUUUUACAGAAGUACCUAUGAGCAUAAUGAUGAGAAGAAGAAUAUGGCAGUCACACAGUUUGAACCAGCUGAUGCCAGGCGAUGCUUUCCUUGCUGGGAUGAACCUGCAUGCAAGGCUACUUUCAAGAUCACUUUGGAUGUGCCUUCUGAGCUUGUUGCUCUGUCUAACAUGCCUGUUGUGGAAGAAAAAGUAGAUGGAAGUCUGAAAACAGUUUCAUAUCAGGAAUCUCCAAUCAUGUCUACAUAUUUGGUUGCAGUUGUUGUUGGUUUAUUUGAUUAUGUGGAAGAUCAUACAUCCGAUGGGGUCAAAGUUCGAGUAUAUUGUCAAGUUGGCAAGGCAAACCAAGGGAAAUUUGCAUUACAUGUUGCUACGAGAACUUUGGAACUAUACAAGGAGUAUUUUGCCACACCCUACCCUCUACCAAAAAUGGAUAUGAUUGCAAUCCCUGAUUUUGCUGCUGGAGCCAUGGAAAAUUAUGGUUUGGUUACAUAUCGCGAAACUGCUUUGCUUUUUGAUGAGCAGCAUUCUGCUGCUGUUAACAAGCAGAGGGUAAUCAUCCUAUUCAUAAUGAUGCUAUAACCUUGACAACUUGAGUUUCUUUUGCUCUAUGUAAAAUGACAUUGUUUGCAACUCGAGGAAAACUUAUCUUCCAGGGAUUGCUAUUUAGCAACUGAUAGCUUGUUUCCUGACUGGAAAAUAUGGUCUCAAUUCGUAAAUGAAUCUACUGAGGGUCUCAGGUUGGAUGGGCUUGCGGAAUCCCACCCAAUUGAGGUAGAAGUAAAUCAUGCUGGCGAGAUUGAUGAAAUAUUUGAUUCAAUAAGUUAUAGAAAAGGUGCAUCUGUAAUUAGGAUGCUGCAAAGCUAUCUUGGUGCUGAAAGCUUUCAGAGGUCUUUAGCUUCGUAUAUUAAAAAGCAUGCUUAUUCAAAUGCCAAAACUGUGGAUCUAUGGAAUGCACUUGAGGAGGGAUCUGGCGAACCUGUCAACAAGUUAAUGAGCUCGUGGACAAAGCAGCAGGGAUAUCCUGUUGUAUCAGUUAAAGUCAAUGAUCAGAAACUGGAGUUUAAUCAGUCGCAAUUCUUGUCAAGUGGUGCCAACGGAGAAGGACAGUGGGUUGUUCCAGUAACACUAUGCUUUGGCUCAUAUGAUGUUCGCAAGAAUUUCCUGUUGCAAGCAAAAUCUGAAGCACUUGACAUUAAGGAGUUAGUGGGUUCACAGAUUGCUGGAGAUCAAGUUGCAAAUUCUUGGAUUAAAGUUAAUGUGGAUCAGACAGGUUUCUAUAGGGUGAAAUAUGACGAGCCUCUUGCGGCUAGACUUAGAUAUGCCAUAGAUAAACAGUUAUUAUCUACAGCAGACCGACAUGGAAUUUUGGAUGAUUUAUUUGCACUUUGUAUGGCUCGCCAAGAAUCAUUGACAUCGCUGAUAAACUUGAUGGGAGCUUACAGAGGGGAAGUUGAAUAUAUUGUGCUGUCAAACCUGAUUUCUGUUAGCUAUAAAGUCAGAAGGAUUGCAGCUGAUGCAGUACCAGACUUGGUAGAUUAUUUCAAGCAAUUCUUUAUCAACCUUUUCCAAUACACUGCGGAGAGGCUUGGUUGGGAACCUAAACCAGGAGAAAGUCAUCUCGAUGCAAUGUUGAGAGGAGAAAUUUUGACUGCUUUAGCUCAGUUUGGACAUGAUCUGACUCUAGAAGAAGCAAACAAGCGUUUUCAGGCAUUCUUGAAUGACAGAAAUACACCACUUUGUCCACCUGAUAUAAGAAAGGCAACAUAUGUGGCAGUAAUGCAACAGGCAAGCAAAACCAACCGAUCGGGUUAUGAAUCCCUUCUGAAAGUAUAUAGAGAAACUGACUUAAGUCAAGAGAAAAUACGCAUUCUGGGCUCCUUGUCUGAUACACCUGAUCCGGAUCUAGUUCUUGAAGUUCUUAACUUCAUGCUGACUCCUGAGGUCCGUAGCCAGGACGUGAUUAUGGGGCUUCCUACUAGUCCGGAAGGACGAGAGGUAGCCUGGGAAUGGCUUAAGGAAAACUGGAAACGCAUAUUAGAGACAUAUGGCUCUGGAUUUUUGAUAACUCGGUUUGUCAGUGCAGUUGUCUCACCGUUUGCUUCCGUUGAGAAAGCGAAGGAAGUAGAGGAUUUCUUUGCUAGCCAUGGUGGUACAAAGCCAAUUGCUAGGACGUUAAAGCAGAGCCUGGAGAGGGUUAACAUCAAUGCAAACUGGGUUGAGAGUGUUAAGGACGAGAAAAACCUUGCUGAUGCUGUCAAAGAGUUGGCAUAUAGGAAAUACUAGCAGUGAGCUUCACUGCUGCUUCCUCCAUUCUCUGAAAAGUUUCAGAGUUUCUCAAUGUUUGUGUUACUGCUGAGAGCAUGUGUACAAGUUAAGUUGUUCUAUAUUCGAGUCUUCUUAUUCACACUUAAAAGUUGGACUUUCUUGGAGUUUCUUUGUUAUUAAUGCAUGAGACUAGUCUUCUGUUUUCUUUAAGGAGUCUUGCCAA